AUGACGCGAGUUACGUACAAAGAUAGGCUGAAAUACGCUAGGGCUACGAAUCUGCUUCCUCCCUGGCCGAAAGAAGACAAGGGCGAACCCUACAGUAUCGUCGAAGCUUCCGCCAGCCCAAUGAAUAUCGACACUCCUACAGACUUCAAAACUCCAAAGUACAUCUCCCCCUAUAUCCUUGGCCUUGCCGCUCCCACCCCUGCCGCUCCCACCCCUGCCGCUCCCACCCCUGCCGACGCCCUCAGUUUUACUCCCCACACUGCCGUCCGGACCAGAGAUGGAGUCCAGGUCAUCUCCGAUAGUGAGACGUCGACAACGCCAGCGUCUGCCUUUCCGUUGAUCCACCAUAGAAGACAUCCUGUGUCCGAGACACUCCAGUCAUUCAAUCAAUGGCAGCCGCCGAAUCCCAAAAUUACCGCAACAGCUCGUAGUCUCCUUGAGCUCUUCAACGCCGACGAAGAACACUGCCGGACCGCCGUUAUUGCGGGAUCUGGACUGCCGGUCACAGUGGAGGCUGCCAGAGUGAGGAAAAUGCUGCUCAGCGCAAGAUUUAGGUCUGCGGCAAUGACCUGUGAGUGUUUUGAGUGUGGGGGUGCGUUUCUUGUGGAGGGUGGUUGUUUCUGGAAGCCAGAAACAUUGUAA